AUGGUUAAAUGUGGAGCUUGUAAAUUCCUUUCUACGGCAGAGGCCGUUAAAUGCGGACAAUGUCCAGUACUAUAUCAUCGAGCUUGUGUUGGAGUCUCUGACCGCUCUAAGAUCCAUGAACGCUGGCAAUGUCCAGAGUGUAAAAAGACUGUGCCAAAGGGAAACAACUCUUCUACUCCAGUUAGGGCCAUGGUAGCCGAGAGUGAAAUUUUAAAUCCUGCAAUCUCCGGAACAAGCAGUGACUCAGAAAAAACUGCAACUAGCUCCCCUGAGUCUUUUCAUCGGGAACUGAUUCCAGAAAUUCGACUUUUCAGGGAGGAAUUAUUUAGGGUCAGGGAGGAGCUAAAAGACUUUCGGAGGGAUAUGGUUGAACUACGGGAAUCUUUAGUGAUGAGUAAUAAGAGAAUAGAUCAAAUGGAGAGCAGGAUUAGUAUUCUAGAACAGAAGACUCAAAGCAACAGUAACAAGAUGCCAAGGCCAAGAAAUGAGGAAAGAAAAAUUGGAAAACACAAAAAAGACGAUAUGAUGUCAGCAUUACUAAUGAUAGAAAAUGAUGAAGACAGUGAAACCAGUGAAGGUGAAGAUGUAAUUCUUGAAAGUGAAACCGAACUAGAAUCGGAUGAGGAAGAUGACCAAGGAUAUGAAAUUAUUGAUGAAGAUUUUCCUGAUUUACAGCGUAAGCCAAUAAUUAAUGAAUACGUGCUAGUCUUGCUGCAAUCUAAAAAAACGGGUUGUUUAUUACGUUGCGAAGAUUCUGGAAAUAGAAACUGA